UUCUUCAUUUUCAUCAAAGAAAAGACCAAGAAAGCUGCGAAAAGAAUGGCCCAGAUCGACGGCGCCUCUCAUCAUCUCCAUCCAGCCACCAUCACACUCCGAGCCCCUUUUGAAUUCAGACUUAGGACUUGUAGCUGUUUCUUGGGCAGGAUUUCAGCAGGCUUAGCAAAGCCAUUGCUUUCAACCUUCUGUUGCUCCAAGGGACUCUGUCUUAUCAUCAGCGAUGCCAAUCCCCAACACAGAUACGCAGCGGUCUACAUCGCUAGUAACAUUGGUGCCCCAGAAGAUUGGCCACCAAACUUUCCAUCCACCAUUGAGUGCCCCACACCAAUGGCGUUGCAUCAUGCAAGGAUACUGAACCUCUAUACCAAGAACUUAGGAAACUCAAGAGUGGAUCAAGAACUCGUCAUUUCCAUCAAAACAAUUGAUAAUUACUCCAAUCAACUGUUGCUUCAGCUUACUGCUGGUGAUGGAAUUGCUUCAUAGUUUCGACAUGGGGAAAUUUGAUCAAGUUAUAAAGUUCUCAUUAAAUU